AUGGAACACAUGCGUCUUCUUCGUGGCAUGUGCAAGACCGGACCGCCCUACUCGGAAGAGGUGCCAUGGCCAGUCCGUGAUUUCCUCACCAGCGUGGAGGCGUAUGAAGAACCCGAGUCCUCAAGUGACCCUCCAACCGUUCCCUCAGACACAGAAAAUCCCAUAGCCCUUUUGGACGCCUUCGGCAUAUUCCCACAUCGACCUCCGAGCUCAGAUGCCCCGACCAAACAACACGUCGCGUACAGGCUUCUCCGGCUCGCCCUUGUUGCCGCGCGCGAGGCCUAUCGCUUGGACACCAGCGAGGACGAGCCGCAACUGUUAGAUAAGGAUGCUGUGGGGAGCUUGUUCAUAGAGGUGCGGGAUCGCUAUCAGAGUGUUUGCGAAACAUUAUGGGAUGCUUGUCCCCGACGGCCACAAAGCAUUUGGAACAACCCCGAUGGCUCCUCCCACCAUACCUCUGUCUCGCAGUCUGGUCUCUGGUUCCCGUACGAACUGCCGAGGAAAAUCCAAGGGCCCGCCGCAAAAAACUCCCUACCCAUCCAGGCCCCUCAUUCCUUUCCGUUCAUCUGGCUGGACUGA